UCUUGAAACCAAAUGUAAAACAAAUGUGGGGAUGCUUGGAUGUGAAGGGGAGCUGGUGGGAUGCAGAAUAGAAACCAGCAGGGACUGUUCUCGUCCUCGCCUUGAGGAUUCGUCUCCGCGGAUAAUAGAGCACCCUUCUGACCUCAUCGUGUCCAAAGGCGAGCCAGCUACCUUGAACUGCAAAGCGGAAGGCCGUCCCACCCCCAUCAUCGAGUGGUACAAGGAUGGGGAGCGGGUGGAGACUGACAAAGAAGACCCUCGGUCUCAUCGGAUGUUGCUGCCUAGUGGGUCCCUUUUCUUUCUGCGCAUUGUGCAUGGACGGAGGAGCAAACCGGAUGAGGGGGUAUACGUCUGUGUCGCCAGGAACUACCUCGGUGAGGCAGUCAGCAGGAAUGCAUCUCUGGAGGUAGCCAGUAAGUAGAAU